CUGAAUAAUAUUCCCUGGAAUAUAACAAACAAAACAUUGUAUUUUAUUGCAUUUCUUAAAUGGAUGUUAUAUCAAAAUUAUUAAUAAAGUUUUGUCCUUCUAGAUUAUUAAAUGCCUGCUGACAGCACGGUUUAUCUAUGCAGUUACUCAGAACUAUACUCAAACUGUGAUCGCUCAGGUCAAUAAUAAAUAAUUAAUUUCCAUAGAGCUGUAUUUAUUUAGAUGUUUAUUAGCAAAAUAAUGGUUAUAUAGUAAAUGUUAAUACAAUUUAGGGUGUUUUAAACAAUUAAUCUUGUUAAAAGUUACAUGCAGUGGCCGUGCUGGAGCAUUUCCUUAGCAUCAACCACAUCAACCCGCUGAGUGAACACGAACAGCAAUAUGAAAGCGGCUUCACGAGACUAAUGAUGGAGCAAAUUUACAACAGAGAGAGAAUUAAAUUCAGCGCUUUUAUUUACAACAUGCGCUCAUUCAUGACUGUAUUAAUUGAUUCAUGCAAAGUUACAUCUUUAUUGGGAGAGGCCUUGAUGGUUUAUUUAACAUGACUUCGUGAGUUAGUCACUAUUUCUUAGAGCCAAGCUGCGUAAACUGCAUAUCAGGCAUUUAUGUAAUGCAUCCAAUUUGUGCAUAACUGGCUGUUAUGUUAAAUUAAGUUGACUAACUACAGCAAAUCAAGUACCUGCACGCCGUUGUUCUUGUCUCCCCUCAGACGCGCUGCAAUGGCGAUCCUGUGAUCGUUCCGAUAUUACAAAACCGAUAUCCGAUUAUGGGAGAGACAUGGAUUUGCAUGAAGACAAUCAUGAAUCAGAGCACAGCCGAUUGUCUCACCACAGUGAUGGGAAGAUCUCAGAUUCUCCUUUUCAAUCUGAGAAACAGGAGAAACACAAAAAAAACAUCAAGAGCUUGGCUGGUGAUCAUGUGCGAACCAGAAAGCGAGAGCCGGCCGGAGAUCAAGACCCUGAUCGGUGUUCGGAUGGAGAGCGUAGCAGUGCCUCUUUCUACUCUGAUGAUUAUGAAAAUGUCUCUCACUCGGAUCGGUCUCUCAGGUCAACCUCUCUGUCUCCACAAAGAAGAGGGAGGUCUAGGAGGGUGUCCAGCAGCCCUUUGCAUCGAGCAGGUGUACAUAAAGGUGUGUCACACCGUCUCCCACCCCGCUCCCAUCAUCCUCAGCAGUGGUCAGGAGGCCUCCGAUCCCAAACUUUGAGUAAAGAUUCUCCAUCUAAAGAAGUGGACCCAGUCACCAAACACAUGCUGUCUGCACGUCUGCUAAAGAUCAACGAGUUGAAGAACGCAUUGUCUGAGCUGAGGCUGCAUGCAGACGAGCUGCAGCGUGAGAACCGUUUACUGCGACAAAUGCAGCUGCGGCAAGAGAAAGCUCUGCAUCGCUACAAUGACACAGAGAGUGAGAUCUCGCAGCUGUUGUCUCGUCACAACAAUGAGACUCAUGUACUGCAUGCGAGGCUGAGACGCAGUCAAGAGAACCAGCGCACAGCAGAGCGCAGCCUCAGGGAAACAGAUGCCCAGCUCCAGCACUGUCGAAGUCAUCUACAGAAACUGCAGCAGCUCGCAGAUGAACAGAAUCUUGGAGAGAGGGAGGAACUCUCACGAAAACUAACAUACACUCAAGGCAAACUGCAAGAAAGUGAACGCAGAGUGAAGGAAUUGGAGAAGAACAUGGAGCUGAGCAGUGGGAGCUUUCAGAGGCAGCUAGCUAAUGAGAGGAGGAGAACUCACAAUGCACAACAGGAAGUUAAAGCACUACAGGAGGAAGUGGAGAGACUUUGCACUAAACUAAAGGAGAAAGAAAAAGAGCUGGAUGCUCGGAAUAUCUACGCGAACAGGAUGCUAAAAGCUUCUUCCAGAAAAGAAGCAGAGAAUGGCAGCAAACAAAAAGGCUCCAGUACAACCAGCACUAAGGCAGUACAGACAGAGGACAGGACGUCCUCACUGGACUUCCCAUCACCACCUCCAACUCUUACCAGCGAACUCCCACUUGACGACCAGACUCAUAAUUACUUCUCGCUGAAGCAGGAACAGCAAGGCAGGGAACAGAGAUCUAGAGAAGCAAAACAAUGGAAGAAACGAGAGUUUUGGAGGGAAAGGGAGAAAGAAAGAGACAUGGAAUCUGGGAUGGAACAGACAAGGGAGAAAGAGAGAGAAAAAGAGAUGCUGCAUGACAGAGAAAGAGGCAUUGAGCUGCUGAAAGACAAGGAGAGGCAAAGACUUAAUCAACAGCACAGCUCAAAUGAGAAGAACUCAAAGGGAUACAAAGGCCUGGACAGAGAGGAAGAAGAUUGGAGGAUUGGCCGGUCUAUAUCUCAAAGGGAGGAAGAGAGCAGGAGGCAGUGCGAACAGGAAGAAGAACAACCUAAAGCAAGAAAUGUAGACAUCCAGGCUCGUAAUCAAGAGAGUGCUGAAGAGGAACAUCAGCGCAAAGAGCGGCUACUGGCUAAGAUGCGUGAGAUCGACAUGCAGACUCAAGGUCAGGACUCAGACUUCUUUUCUGACGACACAGGAAGUAUCCGCUCUCCUCCGCGGUUGUCUGAGCAACGGAACCACAACGGUAUUUUCAAAUUUACAGAGCCAGAAGAAAACACAAACACAUUUGCGAGUGGGAGAAAAGCGGGUGUUCUCCAAGCACAUGGACCAAGUGAGGGUCUUGACCUUGCUUUUGGUAGCUACACCCCUUCUUUUGGUAAAUCUGCCCCACUUGCUGGUUUAGGUGCACGCAAUGCAAAUCAGUCACCCCGAGAACUGGAUGAAGAGAUUAAUCUGGGUGGCCUGGUUAAGGAAAGGAAGUCAAAGCUCAUGCAGCAGCUUUUUGGGGCAUCUGCCACACCACCUCCUUUAGAUAGUAGGAUGCAGAUCCUAAGCACCCCUCUAACAAGCCAAUUCACAUCAGGUUCAGUUGGUGGACACAGGAGGGACACCGACACACCAGAUGGACUAAAUAUCAGUUCUCUGCCCAACAAUAGGAGCACUCUGCAUGUGUCUGAGAGCCGACCCAUGGUCAGGGCCAUUACAUCAUUUGAUGAUGACAUAGAAGAAGUCACACUCUGAAUGGGGUGCUUUUAUAGCCAGUAUGAAAGGAGAACGUUUUUUUAAAACACAGAAAGAAUACAAAAACCUCUGAUAUUUUGUUUUGAGCUCCGUUAUUAUGAAGUAAGCACUGAUUAAACAAUGCUUAGUUUGCUAAUAUACCUCUUUUUUUUUUUUACUUUUCCGGCAAAAUCUUGAAGAAAGACUUUUUCGGUGAUUCUAUUUUCAUAGUUGGGUUUACAAAGGGUCCAAAAUUAACACUCACUGCACUCUUAAGGCCAUAAAAGCACUGAAGGGAUUGGAAAGUUCUGUGGAUGAUCUACUGAUGUGCGCAAAUUAAAGAACACGGACGUAUCCAGAUCCAUAAUGACCAACGUGAUCUACCAAGAGCUGCGCCAAUUUGCAACUAUCAAAGCCAUGUCAAACGCAAAAUGGGUUAAGACAUAUUUUUUUUGGUGGGCCAAUAAUGGCAAAUAAUGGUAAACUGACUACCACAAACCUUAAUAAAUCACAUUGUAUGAUACAUUUAAAUACUCCCCUCCUAUAAAUUUUGCAUCUGAAAGGGAAACUCCUACAAAUGCAUAUAGUUUAUUUUUUUACCAAAAAGCAAGCUGUUAACAAAUCUGGCCCUGAAUGUCAUAAAAGCUCACCUGUUGGCCAGUAACUUUUAAGGAACCACAGUGCAUUAGAUGGUUUAAGUCAAAAUGUAAGAUUGAUAAUCUAAUCCUUGCUGAUGUAAUCAAUAAGAGUGACUCAUAUCAAGAGCAUAAGACCCGUCAAACAGGGGAAACAUCUAUUGUGAUUUUCACAUUCUCAAAACAACUUCUACCUCAGUGGAAAAUUCUGAAGUUUACCAAGGGGUUUAGGUACUUGUUUUGUUUUUUUCACAGCUUGUGGAGCAUUUCUCAUUUAAUGCUACCAUUUAAUGCUCUGCACUUUCAGUACUGAUAUGAGUGUGAUUUUGAUAUGAGUGAGAGCUUUGCCCUCUCAGAGAGCUUGGCUGACUUAGGUCUGAGCGAGUCCUCCCACACAGCACUUUUAAUCUCUCCCCCCUUCUUUCAUUGUAGAUACAUUUCAAUGGCAAUUAUUUGACAAAGGAGAGAGUCUGGUUCAUAUUUUUGUAGUUUAUACACUAAAAACGAGCAAAGUACUCAAAUUAGAUCUAUACAGGACACCCCAAAAAUAUGGACAGUUACAAAUGUGUAUUUUCUUUGCAUUAGAUAGCAAAACAACUAGCCAAGUGACAUUUUCUUAACAAACUGGUCCCAAUUUGAGAUUUGUUUUUUAAAGCUUUUAAAGCUUAUUUUUCUAAAAUGUUUGCUUGAAAAGUGAACUUGAGCAGAUGAAUGUCUCUUGGUUUGUUAUUUUAAUAUUUAAUAAAGUGAUUCUGUGUGUGGUACAAGUGUACAAAUAUUUUGGGGGCCACUGUAUAUGUUUUUGUUUGUGCACAAUAUGAACCUUUUUACAAUAACCAUUUAGUGACCAGAGAACUCUUAAAUAAUUCGACUUCCCUUUUAAUUUCCAGCUAAUACAGUGUCUUCGUUUGCCUGCUUACAUAUGAGUUUUCUUUUUUAUAAAUACAGGGUUAAUUUAGAAUUUGUCAAGUGGUUGUGUUAUUUUUUAUUUAUUUAUUUUUUGUGUGUGUAACUAAAAGAUAUGUUUACUCCAUAUAAACUGUAGUAAUUUGUUAUUUAUUAAAGCAUUUCAGGGUUUAUUUCAAUCUCAAAUACUGAGAAAUCUGUUAUGAAAUAUGCUUAUUGUGACUUUUUAAUGAGGGAUGUCACAAUUUAUUAUUUGACUUGAAUCAAAGACAGAUUUACAUAUGAAGUAUAAACAUGAAACAAAUACUUAACAAUGUUUUAUAUAUUAAAAAAAAAACUCCCAGAAUUUUCAAACCCAUGGCCAAUAUUACUCAACCUUUUUAAAAGAACAUCUGGCACUAGUCUAGUAUUCACUGUGCAUUUAAAAUGUUGGUUUAUUGUUCUGUCCAAGUUUAUUGUUAUGUACAAAUUCUCACUGGAUAUUGACCGAGAUCUGUGAAUUAACAUCUGCUUUUAAUUCUUGUCCAUCCAUCAGUUUUCCAAAGCACUGCAACAUGUUACUGAAGCACUAAAAUGGUUCAUUGUGAAAGCAAUUUAUAUUAUUUAAUGGUAUUACAAUGGCUUGAGGUUGAUUCUUUUUGUGUUUUUUGUUUAUCUGACUGUAUUGUAUGUUAGAAUUUGAAAUAGUGAUCCUUAAUGAUUAUUCAAAUACAAUUUUUUUUUAUCCGUGUUCGUUACAUCUUUCCACAUCUUUUGAAAGAGAGAUGUCAUCAACGUCAUACACACUGGAAUAUGCAUAACCAUUAGUCAGCAAUUGAAAUUGUAUAUGGAGUGAUCUCCAGAAUCAGAUCCAUAGAUGUCUGUGACCUAGAAAUGUAGGUUUGCUACAUGAACAUCCUAUGUCAUUUACAGCAAAUCUCUGAUUGUCUUCUGUGGAGAAGCAGCAAGCUUCCAGAGGUACAUGUGUGUUGUGAAGCAUGGUAGAAUGUUAUCCAUUGUCAAGUUAUUAUAGAAUGCCAUCCAUUGUAAGGUCGUGGCAGAGAUGUGGCCAUUGUGAGGUCAUUGUGGAGGGAUGCUAUUGUGUGUGGGCAAAUGGUUCUAUGCGUUUAACCUUGAAAUCACAUGACUGUCAUGUGUGAAUCAUAUCAAUGAUAAGUCAGUUAUAGGUCUAUAGUGUGAAUCUCAUGAAACAUGUCAAGAAAAUUGUCACAUUUCUGUAUGACACAUUUCACCCACAAUGAUGUUUUGCCAUAUAUGCCCAAACCAGGGCCCGUGGGCCAAAGUUGGCCAUGAUAAACUGUGAAAUAUCCUGCUAUGUCAUUACAUACAAGGAAAACUAUUGGGAGAAAACAUGCCAUUGUAGCAUAUAUUCAGUAAUAGAUUAUAUUUUUGUUUUAACAUUUUUUUUAUCUAUUUUUGCAUUGAAAUGUUAAAAGCUGUAAGUUAAUGUUAUGCUUUUAUUUGAUAUGUUGUAAAGUUACUAAGCACAUUAAU